AAAAAGAAACAAAACUCUCUAUCUCUCUCUCUGUUGUAAGCUAAAAAAAAUUUCUCCAUUUCGAUUCGUUUUCUCUUCUUUCUUUACCGAGAAAUAUGGCUUCCUUCGAUGCGUACGGUAUGGAAGGAGAAGAGGCUCAUGCAGCAGCAGCUCCAAAUAACCAUCCUUUCGAAGUUGACGACGAGAGCUACUCCAACUACGGCUCUUACUCCAACUUUACCGACAACCAGCAGUUUCCAGCGGACGGCGGUGAUGUGGCGGUGGAUCACUUGGCUUCUUCACCUGAGAUCUUUGACUUCGGAUCCUCCGAUCCGUCCCCUGCUUACUCGCAAUCUCCUUUCGGUGAUACGAUUCAUGUGGAAAACGGAAACGGAAUGAAUGGAUUCGGUGGUGGAAACGAUGACGUUUUUGCUUCUGAUGGACCGGUGCUUCCUCCUCCUACUGAGAUGGCUACUGAGGAAGGCUUCCUUCUUCGCGAAUGGCGUCGUCAAAAUGCCCUUGUGCUUGAAGAGAAGGAGAAGAAGGAAAAGGAGUUGCGGAACCAGAUUAUCGAAGAAGCUGAGGAGUACAAGCGAGCAUUCUAUGAGAAGCGGGAGAAAACCAUCGAGACCAACAAGACUAAUAACAGAGAAAGAGAGAGGCUGUAUGUUGCUAACCAAGAGAAGUUCCAUAAGACUGCGGACAAACAGUAUUGGACUGCGAUAGCAGAACUCAUUCCUCGUGAGGUCCCUAAUAUCGAGAAAAGAGGAAAGAAGGACGCAGACAAGAAGCCAUCAGUUACUAUCAUUCAGGGACCGAAGCCCGGAAAGCCGACCGAUCUUUCAAGACUGCGGCACAUCCUUGUGAAGCUGAAGCAUUCCCCCCCACCUCACAUGAUUCCACCCCCACCCGCACCAGAGAAGGAUGCUAAAGAUGGAAAAGAUGCGAAAAAGGCAAACAAUGCUGCAUCAAACGGAACAGCAUCUACAGAAAAAGGAGCAACCGUUCCAUCUGCAAAAGACGCCACCAUUGCCACCGUUGCAAAUAGUUCCUCUCCCGAACAAGAUGCUACUGCUGCUCCUGCCGCUGCCAAGGACGACACUGUUGCGGAACCAGAGACAACAUCAACAGCUUAAUUGCUUCCGGAUCACAUUUACCGUGGUUGUUUUCCUGCCCCCAUUCUUUUUUGUUUUCCUCGAGGAUUCGGUUUCUUACUGGUAUUUCAUAUUACCAUUUGAUAUUUUGCUUGGAAGGAUUUCGUACCAUUAAUUAAACUCAACCCUUUUCUUAAGUAGUUCGUUUUGGACAUUUCAU